AUGAAGGUCUUCAUCUGCCUGUUGGCCACCAUCUGCGCCUGCAACGCCACCUUCCUGUCCCUCUUGGGCGGCGGUGGAGGAGGAGGAGGAGGAGGUGGUAGCAAGACCACUUACAACGUGAUAGCCACGCCCAGUUCGGGAGGCGGCGGAGGAGGUGGUGGAGGUCACGGAUAUGCCUAUGCCCAGGGACAUGGCUACGCCCAGGGCGGCGGACACGGACACGGAAACGGACACGGUGGCUCCUCGCAGAUCAUCAAGGUUAUUCUGCAGGAGGGCCAGGGCUACAGCAACGCUGGAGGAUCAGCCGGCGGCAUUGUGUCCUCGGCCGGUCAUGGCUACAGUCAUGGCUACAGUGGUCAAGGCUAUGCCAGUGGUCAGGGCUCCUAUGGCGGCCAGCAGGCCCAGAUCUACAAGAUCAUCGAGCAGGCUCCGGCCCCGGCUCCCGUUCCAGUCCCAGCUCCUGCCCCCGUUCCCAUUCCGAUUUCGAUUCCGGCCCCUGCUCCGCCAGCUGCGCCCAUUGCCUACCAUGCGGCCAGUGGCUCCAAUGGCUACUCCUAUGGCCAGGGCCACUCGCACUCCUACGGACAGUCGUAUGCCGCGGGACAUGGCUAUGGUGGUGCCGCCUCCUUCGAUGCCCAGCAGUUCAAUGCCAUCCUGCCCCAGAUCAUCCAGUUGGUGCUGCAGGAGGAUUCCUUUGGCGGCGGCGGCGGCGGCGUUGGUGGUGCAUCCGCUGAUGUGGCUGCCAUCAAUGGCCAGCUGAUCAACGCGUUCGGUUCCAAGGGCAAGGCCAUCAUUCUGAAGGCCGAUCAGGCGCAGGGAGCCUUCUUCAAGAGCGGCCAUGUGGUGCAGCGGGGAACCCUGAAGGUGAUGCGCGUCCAGGAGCAGCAGCAGCCAUCCCAGGGCGCUUCUGGCUCCAAGGGAGGCUGGAGCUCUGGUGGAGGUAGCAUCUCCGGUGGCUGGAGUGCCGGAGGAGCUUCCUCUUCCGCUGGCUGGAGUUCCGGAGGAGGAGCCUCUUCCGGUGGCUGGAGCAGCGGUGGUCCACCUUCGGCCUGGUAG